AUGCCUAGAUCUCAGAUAAAUAGAAAUUUUAUUGAUAAGACCUCUUCAAUUGUAGCCAAUAUCUUAUUACGAAUAAUUCCGACAACUUCAGGAGAAAAAAAGGCAUUUACUUAUUACAGAGAUGGUGCGAUUAUGUCAGCUCAAUCGGAAGGAAAUUAUGCAGAAGCUUUGCAGAAUUAUUAUGAAGCUACACGAUCAGAAAUUGAUCCCUAUGAUCGAAGUUAUAUACUCUAUAACAUAGGCCUUAUACACACAAGCAACGGAGAGCAUACAAAGGCUUUGGAAUAUUAUUUCCAGGCAAUAGAACGAAAUCCAUUCUUACCGCAAGCUUUUAAUAAUAUGGCCGUGAUCUGCCAUUACCAGGGAGAACGGGCCAUUCUACGAGGUGAUUCUGAAAUUGCAGAGGCUUGGUUCGAUCAGGCUGCUGAGUAUUGGAAACAGGCUAUAGGGCUUACCCCAGGUAAUUAUAUUGAAGCACAUAAUUGGUUGAAGAUUACGAGACGUUUAGAAUUCGAAUAA